GCGACUUUCAGCUGCUGCUGCUGCUGGUGAUCGCGACUUUUAUUGAGAUCAGCGCGUAGACCGUUUUCCUUGCUUUAUUCAGUGCAAAAUCCGUGUCCACCCCCGCCGUCGCCGCCGCCAUCCGGGAAACUGUUCCGCUGUGUUGUAGUCGCGCUCGUUUGUGUGUGGGUGGUUUCGCGAAACCGAACCGCGAUCUCGCACUUUUCUUCUCGUCGGACUUGAGAAAGAAAAUUUGCCGCGAUCGCGCGCCAGUGAAAAAUCGUCUCAGCUCAGCUCAAGUCGCAAAAAGGUCGGAAAAUUCCUCGGAGUAGCCAAAUUGCUUGCUCGCGUGUGCUCGCGGUUCUAAGUGUGUGACGUUCAACGUUCGGAUUUUUUCCCCACAAACGCAAAGAACUCAUUUCAUAACAUUGGCAGUGAAAACGGAGGAAAAUCGGGAACGCCAACGGAAGCUAGGAAGUAGCGAGUUCAAGAGAUUAGAAUUAAAGUGGAACCGCCCAAAUGCAGGACGACACGGUGAAGGAAACGACGAUGGCGGACGAGGCCCUUGCGGAUGUUCCGAUGCCCCGUGGCCGCGAGUUCAACAAGUUUUCGCUGGUCCAUCGGGUUUACUACGCCUGCCGGGAUGGGUUCUCGCGGCUGCUGUUGGCCACCCUGAAGGACAUUGACUGCGAGCACGACCGGAAGGCCAUCGUGGAUCAGGACUUCACCGAAGAGGACCGCCAGGUUUACACGCCGCUGAUUGCGGCCGCCAUGCGUGGCCACUACGACGUGGUGCACAUUCUGUUGACCCAGCUGCGGCCAAAUCUGGAGAAGGAAGGUUGCGUCAAGUUCGACGGUCAUCUGAUCGAGGGUGCGUCCGCGCUGUGGGUCGCGGCCGGCGCUGGCCAUUUGAACAUAAUAAAGCUGCUGGUGGAACAUGGGGCGGAUUUGAACCAUCACACGCGGAACCUGUCGACGCCGGUGCGGGCCGCUUGCUUCGACGGGCGGUUGGACAUUAUCCGCUAUCUGGUGGAUCACGAUGCGAACAUUAACUUUGCCAAUGCUUACAAUAACACUUGCCUGAUGAUUGCCGCGUACAAGGGACACGCCGAAGUGGUGGAAUAUCUGCUGGAGAACGAUGCGUUGCCGAAUGAGCAGGCCAAUUGUGGCGCCACGGCACUGCACUACGCGGCCGAGUGUGGCCACGUGGAGGUUUGUGGCGUUCUGUUGGAUUAUGGAGCGGUUUUCAAGCAGAAUGAGUACGGAAUGACGCCGGUGAUUUGUGCGGCGGAGCGGACCCGCGAAACGGUCGUGGAGUUGUUUGUGAACAGGGCUGGAUUACUGACGCGGGAGGAGCAGAUUGACGCGCUGGAACUGAUGGGAGCGUCUUUUGCGAACGACAAGGACAAUUACAGCUUGGUAAAGGCGUUUCGCUACCUCAUCUCGGCAAUGGAACUCAGAUUCGAAGACAUUAACCACCAGGUGCGCAAACCGAUCCUCCCACCGAUCCCAGCCUACGAACACUGGAUAGAGUGCCAAACCAUGCAGGACCUUCAAGCAAUCCGGUACAACCACAACUCGCUGCACAUGGAAUCGCUCACCAUCCGCGAACGCAUCCUGGGCCGGCACUGUCCCGAGGUGGUCCACUCGAUUGUGUUCCGCGGCGCGGUGUGUGCCGACAACGGGCGCUUCGAUCGCUGCGAAAGUCUUUGGCUGCACGCGAUGCACCUCAAGCAGGCAAACUCCCUCUCGAUUCAGCGCGAUCUGCUGCGCUUUGCGCAACUCUUCUCGCAAAUGCUCUCGAUCAACGUGGCGCUGCGCUUCUGCAACGUAACGGAAGUGCUGGCCGCGUGCGUCGAAGAACUUGGCCUGAACCAGCAGAAGCUGGUCGAUCCCGGCCCGAAAGAUUUGAUCGAAGUGGUAGCCGAGGAGCACGAGCUGAACAUUGUAACGGUGCUGUACUUGAUCACGAUAAUCACGAAGCUGCUGCGGCAGAAUACGUCAACGCAGGUCACGGAUAUUACGGAGGAGAACAUGCGCGAAGUGUACCGGCUGGUGUACCGGUUAAACCAGAUGUCGGUGAAGUUGCGCGACGAUCAAUCGCUGCUGCAUCUGUCCGUGAAUGGGGUCACUCCCGUGGAUGACUUCCACACAGAUGAUAUCUGUCGAUUUCCCUGCAUCGACACCGUCAAACUACUGCUGAGAUGUGGCGCACCAAUUUCUGUGGUGGACGUUGACCGGAACACCCCGCUGCAUACGCUUUGCUCAACACUGCAAACGAUCGCCAUUCGCAUGUCGGACGAUGACGUCAAGGCGGUGGUCAAAGAGCUGACCGAACUCUUCAUCGACGCCGGAAUCCACCUCGAUGCGGUCAACAGCGAAGGUCUGAAGGCGUCCCAAGUUUGUGUUCAAAAUUCGGUGGGCAACUUUAUCCGUGGCUACGAGGCACGCGCCGUGAAUCUCAAAUGCUUGGCCGCGCGCUGCAUAGCGUUGCACCGUGUGCCCUACAAGGGCGGAAUCCCGCGCCAGCUGGAGGCGUUCGUGCAGCUGCACUGCUCGGAAAAGUACUGACUGACCUCCGCCUCUCGUCCGGGGUCAGGCGGAAAAUUUAAAGUUGGAAUUGCCAGGUCUUCCAGGAAAUGGUGGUGGUGGAUCGAGAACGAUAGUGAUGACAAACUCAUUUUAUAGCAGCAACAGAAAGUGGUGGAGCAGUUUAAUAUUUACACAACUUUUAAACAACAACACCGUAACGUAACGACAAAUGUGAUUUUUACCCGAAGGAAUGAAGGGAAGGAGAAGGACACUCUUUGAAGCAAAAGUUUGUCCCUUCUUCAUGAAGCUUGUUUUUAUUGCUAGACAACAUUUUGAUUGGCGGAGAAGGAUAAGUUUUCGUUAGAAGGGGUGAAGCAACCUAACGAUGAUGCCAUGAGAUUACUUACUUACUUGCAAUUUUGCUGUGGUAUAUAAAAGAUAUUAUUUUUUAAUUGUGGAAACAAAAUAUAUCGAACAAAUUGUAUCU